GCGCUUUUACUGCGUUUCGGCUGUCAUUGAACAGAGUGGGGGAAUUACAUUGUUAUUGACAAGAGAUUUCUUUAUUUUGUGAUCGUUAAGUCAUACAGUUAGUGUGUACAUAUCAUUACCACCUAGAUUUAUUUGUCGUUUAGCUCCAGACAUGCCUGCCGCAGAUUAUGAUCCAGCAAGUUUACCAGACUUGUUGCCUCUGUAUUAUCGCCGACUAUUCCCCUUCUCACAAUACUAUCGGUGGUUAAAUUAUGGAGGAGUGACCAAGGGCUACUUCCAGAACCGCGAGUUCUCCUUCACCCUGAAGGAUGACAUCUACGUGCGGUACCAGUCAUUCAGCACGCAGAGCGAACUGGAGAAGGAGAUGCAGAAAAUGAACCCCUAUAAGAUAGACAUAGGCGCCGUCUACAGCCACAGGCCCAAUCAGCACAACACGGUGAAGUCUGGUGCCUUCCAGGCUCUGGAGAAAGAGCUGGUGUUUGAUAUCGAUAUGACCGAUUAUGAUGACGUCAGGACCUGCUGCAGUGCUGCUGAUAUCUGCUCAAAGUGCUGGACCUUGAUGACCAUUGCCAUCAGAAUCCUUGAUAGAGCUCUGAGAGAGGACUUUGGCUUCCAGCACCUGUUGUGGGUGUACUCGGGCAGGAGAGGCAUCCAUUGCUGGGUGUGUGACGAGGCAGCCAGGAAGCUGUCGGUGGCAGCACGCUCAGCUGUGGCAGAGUACCUCAGCCUGGUAAAGGGUGGUGAGGAAACCAUAAGGAAAGUUCAACUGUCAGACCCUCUUCAUCCAUUCAUCAAAGAGUCUCUUGUGGUAGUAGAAAAGUACUUCUCUCAGUACGCCAUCUCUGACCAGGACAUCCUGGGCAACAGCAAGACGUUGGGCAAAGUGCUGGCCCUGGUGCCUGAUGAGGUGAAAGAGGACUGUCAAACCUUCUUCCAGAGUGAGAAGAACCCUGCUAAGAGGUGGAAACGCCUCACUGCACUGGUUCAGCAGCAGAAGGUGACCUCUAAGAAAGGUUGCAAGUACAUUGACAAGGAGAUCAUGCUGCAGUACUGCUACCCCAGACUGGACGUCAACGUCAGCAAAGGAGUCAACCAUUUACUCAAGAGCCCCUUCAGUGUGCACCCCAAAACAGGACGAAUCUCUGUACCAAUUAACCUGGAAGAGCUUGAUACAUUUGAUCCGUUUGAAGUUCCAACAAUCAGCUUGAUCUGUGAGGAGCUGGAUAAGCCUCUGCAGGGUGAGGAGGAGGAGGAGAUGGAGAAGGAGAACGAGAAUGAGGUGGACGCGGCUGAACGGCGCAAAAUCAGAGACUACAAGAGGACAAGCCUGGCGAAAUAUGUGAAGUUGUUGGACAGAUUCCUGGAUGGCAUGGCUCGCUCACGCAAAGGAGAGAUGCUGAGGAAAAGUGAUCUCCAGAAGGACUUCUAGACCAGAAGGUCACACUUCAGAUUCCAUAUCAACCCUAUGUUGCCUACUGUCUCCCCAACCUCAGACAACCAACAUGGACCAAUACACACACACACACACACACACUUACCAGAGAGGCAAAUGACAUUACCUGUACCUUGUACAUAGACCAAGACGUAUCCUCAGUGUAAUUCUUUUCUUUAAAGAGGAGAUGCAUUUCCUUUUCUUUUACUGAAUUGUAAGCAAGAUGACAUGCUGAAUGCCAGCUGUUCCUUUGUAAAGAGCUCUGUUGAUCCUUUUAUAAAAUAAAUAAAACUGAAUUUAAUAUCAAA